AAUAAACAAGCUUUUGAAAAAUAGCAUUUCGCGAAAUCCUCGUCAAUCCUAGCAAAGCUUGAGUCUUGCAACCGAGUCUUCUCAAACUGGACGUACUGAUUGGAGGGACGGAUACAAAUCUGGCUAAAAAUAUCGGGUUUGUGUUUUCUUCACCCAAGUUGAAAUGAUUGCGUGCUCCUGUGCACAAAAAAAGCAAGUGAUUUAACAAAAGUGGCUUAAUUGUUCAUUGUGUUUCAUCGUGCAAAUAAAGCAAAUUGACGUGCAAAUCAACCGUAGAACCUGUUAUCUUUGUGCAAAAAGAAACAAAAAAAGGCUACCAGAAGAUGUGUUGCACGGUGCCAGUAGUGUGAAUCAAGCAAACGUAUCCAUUGUGCAGGAUACGUGAUGUACAGUUGCGAAAAGAAACGUGAACAGGGAUUGCAAAUCAUCACCUUGACUACAUCCAUUAUCUUCCAUCUCCGGUGAAAUCGCCUACCACUCCUGCCGACGACAUAUCCUUUCCGAGAGACAAGGAAAACCAGCGUAGUACGGCGUCGCGUGCAAACGGAACAAAAAGGACUUACACACAUCGUGCUUGUGUAAUAUUUUUUCUGUAAGCUUGAACGCUCCUGACAACACUUCGAAGCAAUGAUCGAUUUUACGGAUGAUUUGGAAAACUGGAUGGGCAGACUACCGGCCGAAUUAAAGGCUCUGCCUUUAAUACACUUGGCCAUACCCGGAUCGCAUGACACGAUGUCGUACGGUAUUAAAAACAAGGCACCGGUCGCACCGGAUGCUGAUCCAAUCGUAGGGACGCUCAACAAAUUCAUCCCCUGCGUCGUACGGCGGUGGGCCGUAACGCAACGUUACACCAUCCUGGAGCAGCUAAAGUGUGGAGUAAGGUACUUUGAUUUGCGCAUUUGCAUGAAGCGACCGGAGAACAAGUUUUACUUUGUGCACGGACUGUUCUGCGAAGAGAUUACGGAACCGCUCGACCAGCUGAAAGAGUUUCUUCGCACGCACCCAAAAGAGUUCGUUGUGCUGGAUUGUCAGCAUUUCUAUUCGUUCAAUCCGACCGACCACUGCGUGCUGUCGGCAGAGCUGAACCGCAUCUUUGACAGGAAGAUAUUUUCCCGCAACGUUAACGAGCUGAAGGAUUGCACCCUGGAGUCGGCCACCGGGAAUGGGAAGCAGGUGCUGAUUGUGUACCGCAGCGAUGCGUGCGUAAAUGAGCGAUUUUGGCUGAGCCAGGACUGGCCGACGCCCUGGCCGAAUGAGAUCAACGUGAAGAAGCUGCAGCAGUAUCUGGACGAAUCGCUCGCCCAGCGUCGCCCCGAUACGGGAUACGUGUCGCAGUGUGUCCUGACGCCUACGGUGCGCUACAUAGUGCCUCGUUUCAUGUCCUCGUUGCGUACCACCUGCGCCAAAGCGGUGGACCGACAGUUGAUGGAGUGGAUCAAGGGCCAGAUACCGGGCACCUUCGCCGGCGAGGAGAAGCCUCGCACGAACGUGUUUUUGGCCGAUUUCGUCGACAUUGCAGACAAUCAGUUCUGUAAGGUGGUGGUGGGAUUGAACAAAAAGUUGCUGGAACAGGAAAACACCAGUACACACAGUUCCCCGUCGAAGAAAAGUACGUAAAUGGUGCUGAAGUUUUAAAAUGGAAUGGAUUUGUGUGGAUUUUAACGAUUCUCAGUGAACCUAGUCCAGCUCAGCUAAAGCUGUGUUUUCGUGUCGAAAGUUACGUUUUAUGGUUUAAACAUUCUCCGGGCAAAAAGGCAAGUUAACUUUAUUCUUAAUCUAUUUACAAAGCUAAAGUUUUAUUACUGUGAUACUAUCGUUUAUUAGAUUUCAAUUUGUUUGGUGCUGAAAAAUUAUUCUUUUUUUUUCUAAAACAAGGGAAACAUGACUAAAGGUGAAGGUUUGAUCGACACGUAGUUUAGAUUUUAUGCAAUUCUGACCUCUCCGUCGUAAUUUAUCAGUAAGCUGGACUGCUGAUGUUUGCGAAAAAGAACCACUGCGUUCUUUAGGGUACGCACAUUUUAUGUUCAUAAGUGAAAACAUAUUCUGACCAAAAUCAUUACAUUUCUCAUAAGUCAUGUGUAAACAAUUCUCUUAAAAUAACGGCCAAAUGCAGCAACAUGAAACGGCACAAUCUCAGUGGCAAAGUGACAAUCGUCGGCAAAUGAUACAAUACGAUAGCGAUAAUCACAUCGGUUCAUCAAUGAAACCACUUUUUCUUACACAGCAAAACAAACUGUUUCUCUCUUAUCGCAGAACCUUAUCUACGCGUUCCGCCAAUAUAUAUGUACAAAUAGAUGGUAUCGAUAAGUGUGAAGAAAUAUGUUGGCUAUAGCCACUUUAUUCAAAUAAAAGGAAGAGAAAACACA